AUGGCUUCCAGCGAACAAUCAUAUCUCAUUGUUGGCGCUGGUGUAUUUGGAGUGUCCACUGCCUAUCAUCUCAUACAGAAGUACCCCAAAGCAUCAGUAACCCUGGUAGACAGAGAUGCAUUUGAUGCCGAGAGCCGCGUAGCUGCGUCUUGGGACUGGAACAAGGUCGUGCGCGCUGACUAUGAUGACGAAGUCUACUGCCAGUUAGGAUUAGAAGCUCAAGAUAUCUUCACAUCUGACCCUCUUUGGAUGCCGUACUUUCAUAAGACAGGAAUCUACUGGAUGUGUCGAAGCGGGGAGUAUGCUCAGGAUGUCAUACAGAACUAUAAGAAAUUUGGCCGAGACAACGAUCUAGCUGCCGUCCCAGUCAACGAGGCCCGUGGGAUGUAUGGUGGUCUUUUCGAAGAUGCAGAUUAUACUGACGUCAAAGACGUACUCGUCAACCGGAACAGUGGCUGGGCCGCUGCGGGAGAUUGCCUGAGAGCUGUCACUGACAAGACCCUCGAGCUAGGAGUUAAAUAUGUGACCGCUGAAAUUGCAUCGUUGCACUUCGAUGAUACCGGUCGAUGUUGUGGAAUCAAGACAGCAACAGGGGACCUUCUGAAGGCCACGCACGUCAUCCUUUGCACAGGGGCGUUCACCCCGAAGUUGUUGGAGCUCAGUGCUCAGAGUAGUGGUCUAAGCGAUCUUCGAGCAGGAUCCAGGAUUGUAGCGGGAGGUAUUACGACGGGAAUGACCCAGCUUGAUGACGAGUCGUACGAGAGAUUUGCUGCGAUGCCAGUGGGCGUCCAAGGAUACACAGCGAAACAAGGUCCCUUCAUUGGCAGUCUUCCGCCAACCAAAGACCGAGAGCUCAAGUGGUGGGGACAGACGAUUUUCAGGAACACUCGAGAAGUUUCACCAGGCCAUUUUAUCUCCGUGCCGCCUUCAGAGCCCGACUAUGCCCAGUGGGAUGUCUCUGGACGAUUGAAAGAAGACAUCAGCUUUGCAAACCAUGUGUUCUAUGGUAGCAGAGGGGCGAAGUGGAAGAUGGAAAAACAUCGGAUCUGCUGGUAUGUAAAAGUGGCCCCGAAUGGAGGGAAAACGGACUAA